GAGAAGCAUGCCCUUAAUUUGAAAUACUCGGAUUCAAUUCUAAUUACCCUACGACUCCCAAACCCCUUCUUCCCUGGUCUUACCUUUGCCUUUACCAAAAAAAUCAAUUUCCGUUUGUCUAUCCUUUUCCUGUCAAUCAUAAAUUGAUGCACUCCUCAGUUUCCAGUCACAACUCAAGUCUGCCGUUUCACCUGCUACCUUCCGCGGACGAAUUCUACUACACAAACACUUUACCCAGGCCGAAGGCUUAAUUUGCUUCUCUAUUGGAAGCUUUUGUGAGAAACAACUAUGCUCAUGGAGGCUAAUGGGAGAAAACGACAAAUUUUGGUUGAUACUAAUUUUAGGGCAAAAGUCUUCUAAUCCGGGGGCUAGGCUUGCAAGCCUUUUGAGCAAGAGAGAGAAGCUUCAGGAUGAACUUCGGAAUAUUGAAAAGCAGGUGUUUGAGUUGGAGACCACCUAUUUACAAGAUUCCAACCAAUUUGGGCAUGUUUUGAAAGGUUUUGAAGGGUUCUUAAGUUCAUCAAAGUCUACAGCAAACUUGAAGAGGUCCAGGAGGUUCCAGCCCGAAGAUAGAAUUUUCUCUUUGUCUUCUAUAACCUCCCCUGUGGUUGAAGAGCAAACAGAUGUUGGUUCUGGGAGAUCGAAAGGCGGAAGCUUACCUGCUAAUGGACAGGGUAAACCGAAGAAGGGAAGGUUGACGUUGUGAAUACUGAAGAAAGUAGCUACGUUUUCAACUUGUAGAAUGAAGAUGAUGCUUUAUCGUUUUCACCUUUAAGGUAAGUAUGCUUUUGAUGUCAUUUGUACAUUCUAGCUAAGUAAAGAUUGAAGAGACAUGUCAGAAUGGCAUAACUAUACGAGCGAUCGUGUCGUUUUAAAUGGCAUUCUGCGUCUUCUGUUGGUAAUAAGAAAUGUAUUGCUUUGUUUUUUCAAACAACUCUCUUCAUUCUUGCAUCUUUUUUAUGUUAAGUGCAUAUUUGUUUAUUCUUGAAUUUGCAAUGUAAAUAUUCAUGUGAUUUGUUUCUUGAAUAGGAGCUUGUACUAUUGUUCUGUAUACUCUUGCAUCUCUGUUUGAAUUCAUAGUAUGCAUAUUUGUCUCUGUUGGAUCCAUAUUGCAAAAAUAUAUUAACAGUCGCGAUCGCGGUAACGAGAAUGAUGUCGUCAUAACGUCAAAUAUCAGCCGAAAACUUGUGAUAAUUCCUUGAAACGGUCCAAAAUGCGAGUUUUUUACCCCUUUACAACACGGGAAAUAUUGAUCUGUUUUUGUAUAAACCUUAACAUUGAGGUCAAUGCGAUGCGAUGAGGUCGUAUUUUUACUCUAUGUUUGUGCGAUCUUCAAUAAUUGAUGAGUCUCCUGAGUCUUCCAUUUGUUUGAUAUCUCUCGCCUACAAAAGAGAAAAGGUAAAGUAGAAACGAUCAAGCGAAUGUAAACGUUAACUACACUUUUGAAUGGCUUUGCAAUUAAUGUUUUAGUUGAGUUGAUUUAUGAUGCUGCGGUUAAACUAGACUACAAUAGUCAGGCUACUGCUGCUGCGGUUAAACUAGGUUUACUUGUUACUUGUUAGGUUGCUUCACUAGAUUGCACGGUUGCAAAAUAGAUAUCGCAGUUAAUAUGAAUAAUUUUGCCGUCAAUGUGUUCUAGAACACGUUUCGGUCAUGAUGAAGAUAGUCACUUUAUACUCCAUAAAUCCUGUUAGUUAGGUACUUCUUUGGGAUAAAGUUGUAAUAAAAGGAUGAUGUAGUUACGAAUACAUCUAUGAUAAAUUUACCAUUGUUUGUAUACAAUAAGAUCCGUAAACUAAGAGUGGACUGAAUAUAAACCCGAUGAGGUUUCAUUCUAUAAAAUUAAUUGGUAAUAGAAAUAGCCUAUUAAACGUAUAUAUUAGUUAAUCUCUUUAAUUCUUAGAUGUGAGAUCAUAAGUGUUUAUUUUACAACAAUCAAUUGCUGUUGACAGAACAACUUAGUUCAAAUUUACUCGGUUCUUGUCACACUUUCUUUCACAAUUUAGUUGAGCUUUUGACUUAGUCAUCCCUUUAGUCGCAUGUCUCAUUUGAUUUAGAGUAGAUUCAUUGCAUGUCUCGGGACACACGUAGUUGUAUGUCGAAAAUUAGCCUGAUUAACUGAAAUUUAGUAUGACUCGACUAAAUUUGAAAUAACCCGUAGAUGAAAAUCAACUUAGAUGGUCAAGAUUUUACAUAAACAUAAAAAUCAAAAAUAACCCAAUUUAAGAUAUUAUAUUUGAAACCUUCUUGAAUAGUUAUAGAUUAAUUUUCAAAAUAUCCUACCAUUUCUAUGAUGAUCCUUUGCUAAAACGACAUUCAAUACUCUGUCAUACUCGCUUUAGUUAACAAUGUCUAGCUUAUUAUCAAAUUAUUUCUAGUUUUGGCCACCAAUACAAGGUCACAACUCACAACGAAUAACAUGUAUCAUAAAACUUUCAGAAUUACCAAAGAAAAAUUCUUACAACAUGCAUCAAUGAACAUGUAUCAUAAAAUUUCUUAUUUGACUUAAAUUUAGUGUUCGGCAAAUAAAAAAAAAUUCAAAUUUGAAUUUGAGUUAAAUCUACUAUUUUUGUAAAAGUGGUUAAAGAUGAAGAUUUAAUAUGAGAAUGAUUCUUCAAAUCUUUUCAUUCUCAAAUUCUUAAUUAAUGAUUUCAUAAUUAAAAUCUACAAUUUAAAAUGAAACGCUAUGCUUGUUUUCAUAAGC